AUGUUGGCCGUUGCUACGUCGCAGAUGCGUAUAAGAGAAAUAGCCGAAGAAGUAAAUGCAGGAUCGCAAGAUGAUUCUUGCGACCCACCAUUCACUAUCUCUGAGCUAAAUUAUGCCUUGAACAGUUUCAAACCAAAAAAGGCUCCGGGAGGGGACGGCUUCACGGCUGAUAUCUGCCGAGAGGCGAUUUCCCAAAACCCCGGUAUUUACUUGAGUCUUGCAAAUAAAUGCCUCGAGUUAGGACACUUCCCCAUUAUAUGGAAGGAAGCAGUAGUUGUGGUCCUACGAAAGCCAGGAAGGGAGGAUUACACACACCCGAAGGCCUAUAGACCUAUAGGUCUACUAUCUGUUAUGGGAAAAGUCCUGGAGAAGAUGGUUAUAAGAAGGGUAAGGUGGCAUGUUCAACCAGGUUUUAGUACUCGCCAAUACGGCUUCACACCACAGAGAAGCACCGAAGACUCCCUCUAUGACAUGAUGAAUUACAUACGUACACAGUUACGAAAUAAGAAAAUAGUGACCAUGAUAUCUCUUGACAUAGAGAGAGCAUUCGAUAGUGCUUGGUGGCCAGCAAUUAGAUGUCGGUUGGCUGAGGAAAGAUGCCCUAUAAAUAUUAGGAAAUUAAUUGAUAGUUAUCUCCAGGACAGAAAAGUUAGAGUGAGGUAUGCCGGUGUGGAGCAAACACAAACGACUACAAAGGGGUGCGUACAGGGCUCCAUAGGUGGUCCGGUCCUGUGGAACUUGCUUCUGGACCCUUUGCUUAAAGAGCUGGAGAAAAGGGGUGAUCGGUGUCAAGCGUUUGCCGAUGACAUCGUCCUGUUGUUUGCGAGUGACACGGCUCUUGAGAUCCAAAGACGUGCGAAUGCCGCUCUUGAACAUGUUCGGAGGUGGGGAAUCCGUAACAAACUCAAAUUCGCGCCACAUAAGACUAAGGCUAUGGUUAUAACUAACAAAUUGAAAUACGAUUCUCCACGUCUAAACAUGGGCGGGAUGGGCAUUGGCAUAUCGGAGGAGAUUAAGGUGCUUGGUGUCACUGUAGACAAGAAACUCACCUUCAACACCCAUGUGAGAAAUGUGAGUAGGAAGGCUACAGCACUCUACGGACAACUAUCGAGAGCUGCAAAGGUUAGUUGGGGCCUUCAACCAGAGAUCAUCAGGACGAUGUACACGGCUGUCGUUGAGCCGGUAGUAUUGUACGCGGCGAGCGUGUGGGCGCCAGCCGCUAAAAAGUUGGGAGUCAGAAAGCAACUGAAUACUGUGCAGAGAGGAUUCGCUCAAAAAAUCAUAAAAGCGUACCGUACUGUGUCCCUACACUCGGCGCUAGUAUUGGCUGGUCUGCUUCCUCUGGACUUAAGAUUCCAAGAAGCAGCAUCACUUUUGUAG